AUGGGGCAGCGCCUGAGCGGCGGCCGGUCCUGCCUCGAUGUCCCAGGCCGGCUCCUGCCACAGCCGCCGCCGCCCCCGCCGCCGGUGAGGAGGAAGCUCGCGCUGCUCUUCGCCAUGCUCUGCAUCUGGCUCUACAUGUUCCUGUACUCGUGCGCCGGCUCUUGCACCGCCGCGCCCGGCCUGCUGCUUCUGGGCUCGGGAUCCCGCGCUGCUCACGCUCAGCCAGCCCUGGUCACAGCUCCGAAUGAGACAUCCCCAAAGAUGCCUUUCCGGGCACCGCCGGCCAACUCACUGGCUGCAGGCAAGGAUAAGACAGUAGUCGCCGGGAGCCAGGAGGAGCAGAGUCCCGAGGCACCGGACUCCCCCAGCCCCAUCUCCAGCUUCUUCAGCGGCUCCGGGAGCAAGCAGCUGCCGCAGGCCAUCAUCAUCGGCGUGAAGAAGGGCGGCACGAGGGCGCUGCUGGAGUUCCUGCGCGUGCACCCCGACGUGCGCGCCGUGGGCGCCGAGCCCCACUUCUUCGACCGCAGCUACCACAAGGGCCUCGCCUGGUACCGGGACCUGAUGCCCAGAACCCUGGAGGGACAGAUCACCAUGGAGAAGACGCCCAGCUACUUCGUGACCCGGGAGGCACCCGCACGCAUCUCGGCCAUGUCCAAGGACACCAAGCUCAUCGUGGUGGUGCGCGACCCGGUGACCAGGGCCAUCUCGGACUACACGCAGACGCUGUCCAAGCGGCCGGACAUCCCUAGCUUCGAGAGCCUGACUUUCCGCAACCGCAGCGCGGGCCUCAUCGACACGUCCUGGAGCGCCAUCCAGAUCGGCCUGUACGCCAAGCACCUGGAGCCCUGGCUGCGCCACUUCCCGCUGGGCCAGAUGCUCUUUGUGAGCGGGGAGCGGCUGGUCAGCGACCCGGCCGGGGAGCUGCGCCGCGUGCAGGAUUUCCUGGGCCUCAAGCGCAUCAUCACCGACAAGCACUUCUACUUCAACCAGACCAAGGGCUUCCCGUGCCUCAAGAAGGCGGAGGGCAGCGGCAAGCCGCACUGCCUGGGCAAGACCAAGGGUCGCGCGCACCCCGCCAUCGCGCGGGAGGUGCUGCGGCAGCUGCGUGACUUUUACCGGCCCUUCAACCGCAAGUUCUACCAGAUGACCGGCCGUGACUUUGGCUGGGACUGAGUCUCCCUUCGGGGCUUAUCUAUUGAGAGAGAGUAUAUGUAUGUAAAAUGUACAGAAAUCUAUUUUAUAAUAAUUUAUUUUUAAUUCACAAGGAAUUAAUUCACUAAGCUGCCUAGCCACACUCUGCAGAGAGUUCGAGUCACGGUCUGUUAACAUUCCAAAGUGUUUAACACGGAUAUUUUGUUCUGUCCCUCACAAUCGAUGGUGCUUCCGUGGUUUUUUUUUUUUUCCCCCUUCCCCGUUGUAUUUAAGAAGAAGAAAAGCACAACUUGAGAUUUUCGUUACGGGUAUUCAGCUUUCGAUCACCUUGGGUCCUCAACCUGCUAUCUCCUUGGGUCUUGGCUGCCUCAGCUGGUUUGUGGUGUGUUCUUGCCUGGGUACCUCCUGGAAACACUGAGCAGCCUCAGCAUGCUAUAGUCUGAGGAUGGAAUUCACAUAGACAGUUCAUCACCCCCACUGACCUAGCACCAAGGUGAGUUUCACUCGCCUCUUUUACAGGGACCCAUGUCCUCAUGAUCCCGAAUCCCCUUCUGCUCAACCCCUCUGUCCAUUUUGGCUAGCUAUAAGUGUAUACAAACAAUUGACCCCUUUCCCAGAUCCCACAAGUAAGAUGCUCCAGUGCUGCUUUACAAAAAAAGGGUGAUGUUCAUUUGCAUAAGAGUGACCACACCAUGCUCCUCUCUUCAGUCAGACAGUUCUGCUGGGACACACCAAAGAGCCUCCCAGGCUUCCAUACAGAGCCACGGGCACAAACCUAGGGUGCUGGAUGUUGAGACCCAUAAGGGGGCAGAUGUAUCCUUCAAUAUCACCGUUUAGAGAGGUAUUGCGGUGUGGAGACCCAACUGGCGCUGGACAGUAGGCUGGUGGCCUCAGUAGAGAAAAAACAAAAACAAAACACUCAGAUCUGACGAGUAGCCUGGCAGAGGAGGAGGAUGCCCAGCACUGCAGCCAAAUGCCUCUGAAAUACCUAGGCCACCCCAGAGAUGCUCUGUAGGCAAUGACCACAGCAGGGUUUGAAGGAUGGCCCUCCAGGGCCCAGGCUGGGAAAGCUGGUGCUUGUAGAUACUCAAGUCUGAUACUUGUGCAGCUUGCCCUGAGGCAGUCAGUGGGGUCUUAGCAGAAAAGUUGCCAGCUCUGCUAUUAAAAUAUGCAGACGAUUCUCCCUGCAUACCUCUGUGUUGGGAGGUUCUUUGGCCUGUUAGUGGCAGUUGUAUAGCUGUGUAGUGACAUGACAUCAAGAUAUAUUCAGUUAAUCCUCAACUUCCUAAAACCAGAAUGCUUCUACCCCAGAAGGAUUGUUAUCUGAGUUAGACUUUCAUCAAGAAUGCAUGGAUGGUUGAAAUGACUGCACUGUGACAUUUACAAAGGAUUGUUUGGGACACUUUAUGGGCUAACUUGACUGGGUGAGCCAAGUCACUGGACCGAGAAGAUAUGGUGUCUUUAGAAACUAGUGAGAGGUGUCCAUGGUCUAUAGGGAUAUUCUGGUGAGCAAAUUUGUG